AUGCUGCAGCCACGUGAUGGUGCUGUUCCACAGCUGAACCUUCCAGCAGGUGGACCGCAGCAGCACCAGCUGGCAGCUCCUAGUGCAGUUCCCCCGCAGAACCUUCCGCCAAGUGGACCGCAGCAGCAGGUGGCAGCUCCCAGCAGUGCAGUUCCCCCGCAGAACCUUCCGCCAAGUGGACCGCAGCAGCAGGUGGCAGCUCCGCCUAGUGCAGUUCAGCAGAACCUUGCGCCGAGUGGACCGCAGCAGCAGGUGACAGCUCCUAGUGCAGUUCAGCAGAACCUUGCGCCGAGUGGACCGCAGCAGCAGGUGACAGCUCCGUGUGCAGUUCCGCCGCAGAACCUUCCGGCAAGUGGAGCGCAGCAGCAGCAGGUGGCAGUGGCAGCUCCUGGUGCACAGCAGGUGACAACUCCUAGUGCAGUUCCGCAGAACCUUCUGGCGAGUGGCCCCCCGCAGCAGGUGGCAGCUCCUAGUGCAGUUCCGCCGCAGAACCUUCCGGCAAGUGGAGAGCAGCAGCAGCAGGUGGCAGCUCUUAGUGCAGUUCCGCAGCAGAACCUUCCGGCAAGUGGCCCCCCGCAGCAGGUGGCAGCUCCCAGUAGUGCAGUUCCGCCGCAGAACUUUCAGGCAAGUGGAUCGCAACAGCAGGUGGCAGCUCCGCCCAGUCCAGUUCAGCAGAACCUUCCUCCAGCAAGUGGACCGCAGCACGUGGCUCCGGGUGCAGUUCCGCAGAACCUUCCAGGUGGACCGCAGCAGGUAGCAACUCCUUGUGCAGCUCCGCAGCAGAACCUUCCACCAGCAGCAGGUGGAAUGCAGCAGAUGGCGGCUCCUUGUGCAGCUCCCCAGCAGAACCUUCCGCCAGCAGCAGGUGGACCGCAGCAGGCGGCAGCUCCGUGCGCAGUUCCCCAGCAGAACCUUCCGCCACAGCAGGUGACAGCUCCAAGUGCAGUUCCGCAGCAGAACCUUCCGGCAAGUGGACCGCAGCAGGUGGCAGCUCCUUGUGCAGUUCCGCAGCAGAACCUUCUCCUGGCAAGUGUACCACAGCAGCAGGUGAUGACAGCUCCAGGUGCACAGACGGCAGCUCCAAGUGCAGUUCCCCCGCAGCAGAACCUUCCGGCAAGUGGCCCCCCUCAGCAGCAGGUGCCAGCUCCAAGUGCAGUGCCCCCGCAGAACCUUCCGGCAAGUGGCCCCCCGCAGCAGGUGGCAGCUCCUAGUGCAGAUCCGCCGCAGAACUUUCCGGCAAGUGGACCGCAGCAGCAGGUGGCAGCUCCGCCUAGUGCAGUUCAGCAGAACCUUCCGCCAGCAAGUGGACCGCAAGAGGUGACAGCUCCGUGUGCAGUUCCGCAGAACCUUCCGCCAGCAAGGACGCUCCUGCAGCAGCCUGGAACUCCCUCCAUUUUGGAGAUGGUGCAAGAGCUUGAAACGCAGAUGGAUCAGGAGGAGCCAAUCAGUGUGAAUGACACGCCCGAACCCCCGCCCCGGCUGAAUCGCAGCGCUGUGUCAACACUGGCUUCGGCUGCUUCCUUUGAUGACACAUCAAAGGACUUGGUUGCACCGGACACGUCAGCAGCACUGCUGGUGAAGGCACCGUCGCCGUCGCCGACUCCCGUGACGGCGAAAGCGAAAAGUGCGGCAAAGACGAAGCCGAAGGCUGCUGCUGUGAAGGAUGAGUAUGCGCUGCCGGAGCUGACCUUGCAGGAGAAGGCGAUGUAUGGCAACUUCUGGUCGCGGUACCGCUCGAGCAGCUCGCUGUCGUUGACCAGUGAUGCGGAUUCCGUCGACUCCGACAUCAGCCAACCUACGACAGCAGCUGCAGCAGGGCCGACGAGUGAUGCCAUGACGACGAUGCUGGCGACGGUUCUCAGCACGGCGGUGAGCCAUGGUGUUGAUGCAGCGGGGCUUGCGGCCAUUCAGCAGACCAUGGCCAGCAUUGUGGCUGCUGCAAAAGCCCCUGAUGCUGCUGCUGGAGUCGAGGCCGUUGACAAGACGAAGAUCAUCGACUCGCAGCCGGCUUUGCCGCCAAGCCCUUUUUCGACGCCUUUGCCGGCCAGCACAGCAGCAAGCCCUUCGACGCCUUUGCCGCCGGCAAGCACAGCAAGCCCUUCGACGCCUUUGCCGCCGCCGAGCACUGCGAGCCCUUCGAUGCCUUUGCCGCCACAGACCGCUGUGACGAAAGCCCCGCCGACAGGACCUGCUCCUUCGACGCCUUUGCCACCGCAGACCGCUGUGACGAAAGCCCCGCCGACGGGACCUGUGGUCAACUCAAGCACCCACAGGACUGAGUACCGCUCGUUCCAACGCUUUUGCGAGAACUCACCGGGAGCAGUGGAGUUGAAGAAGGUGUGGGUGCAGGGCGGACCGCAGCGCUUGGCAAUGUUCCAGAAGUUUGUUCUGACAGGCUGUGGUAACCCUGCGGCUUUGGAAUGUGCCCUCCAGUUCCGCCGGCAGAGCGAGGAGGAGAGCAAAGACGAAGGUGAAUAUUAUUGCUGGCGUGAUAUACUCGCCUUUCACGAGGGCAACGAACAGAAGGCCUUAUCCUUCAUUGCAAGACGCAGAGCAGAGCCCAAAGGGACCAGUUGCGAUCGGAAUGAUCCUGAUAUGGAGACAUUUCUAUAUUACGGCCGCCAGCGACGGACCCUGACGGUUCGUACGAUCGACGAAAUCGCAAUCAGCAUGGGCGUCUGCCCGAACUUCGCCACGUCCGUGGCGGCACAGCUGGACUCCAUGAACGGCGCCCUGCCAGUUGCUGAUGGGGCUACUUCUUCGGUGAACCCGCCAGUGCCGGCCCCCGGCAAGGCGGCUCCAAAGGGAAAAGGCAGUGCGCCUGCGCCACCCGGCACGACGACGGAAGACCCCCAGCCGCCGCCCAAGAAGGCGAAAGUUCCGAAGCCGGAGGGAUCCGACAUGGAGUUGAUCUGCAGUGGAGAGAACGUUGGACUUUUCGUGAAGUCGUGGGUGGCCGCGGCGAACACGGCCCAGGGGCAAGCCGUGAAAACGUGUGCAGAGUUGGAGGUCCUCGAGAGCCAGGAGGCUUUGAUGGGGAAGAUUAAGGACUGUGCCGAAGGCAUCGGGGCUUGUCGCAAGAAGCUCCAGCUCAUGGGGACAGAGCCAGUGGCCGCCGAUGUGCAAUCGGCCCUGCUGGAGGCUACCGUGUUUGUGGAGGGUUUCAAGAAGCAUCUUCGAGUGGCGAAUGAACACUCGGUUUUCACGUGGGCCGGGGAGCCAGCUCCGGACUUCUUCAAGAAGUGGCGUCUGCGGCCGUCGCAGAAGCAGGGGAUGCAAAUGUACCAGGUGGGCUGCGAGUUUGGGCGCAUCAGGGCGGGCACUGUCGACUGGCUGGACUGGUGGCAGAAGGCCAAGAGCGAGCCAUGGGGGAAUCAUCCGGUGCAGUCCUGGCCGGAGGAGGCCAGGCAAAAAGCGGUGGCCGUGUCGAUUCACGGCGAUGAGGGUACUGGGAAGAGGAGCAAAAGCAUCUUGAUCCUGUCGCUUUCGCCCUUGGCCAUCCACCGGGGCGACUCGAUGCUGCAGAAGUUCCCGUUCUGUGUUGUGCGAUCAGACAGAUUUGUCUACGACAACGGCCAGAAUAUCACGCUUCAGGCGCUACAGCGCUACUACGCCGAUUCCUUUCGGAUUUGUGGCGACCCCGCCAGCGAAGGCCAACACGGAUGGACCAUGCACCCUGUCAUAUCGAAGGGAGAUUGGAAGCACAAAAGGGAAUGGUUGGAACAAUGUAGAAGCUACGGGAACCUUGCUAGCAAUGCUCCUCGUGAGCAGAACGCCGGCAGAAUCUGCCCGAGAUGCUUGUGCGAUGGCAGCACACCUGGAAAGCAUUGGGCUGACAUGCGUGAGGGCUUCGAUAACCAGGCAGACUUGGAUGAAGCUUCGAAUGAUAGUAGCUAG